AUGUCUAAAUAUGUAGAUAAAUGUACAUAUCGUGUAUCGAUAUAAGUUAGCACUAGUAUUGUUUCACUGAUCGUCAUAGAUCUUAAUUUGAUAUUCAUUGAACGAAAAUAAUUUAAAAUUAGUUUGAGAUUAAUAUUGUUAUUAAACAUUUAUAUUAAUAUUAUAGGUGAAAUGAUUUACACUGGCAGCCUAUAUACUAGUAUGUUAAACAAAAACUAUUUUGAUAGACUAUGUGCAAUUCUCUGAAGACAAUCGAAAUUGCAUCAGAACACAGAGAAAGAUAUAUAUAUAUAUAUAUUUAUUUAUUUAUUUAUUUAUUUAUUUCAUCGUCGACAGACUGCAACGCAUCUUCGUAAGUAUCCAUAAUCUUGGUCAGCAAUAUUAUACACGCAACGACGUGUGUCAGGGAAUGGUACAAACCUUUGUAUAACGCAAAUGUGUAUCGCGAACGAAUGCUACAUAAGAUGAUGAGAUCGGCACGCGGACCGAUUUAGAAAGUAUUCUCUAUAUUUGAAUGGCGUUAAAAUCAUCUUUCGUGCUGGUCAUUCAGCCUAAACGACUAUGUUGUUAUAUUAUUACGCAUUUCGCAAUUCAUCUUCCUUGAAUUGUGCUUCUCCUCAACUGAUGAUUAAUGGCAGUUCAUUUUAUUUAUCUGGUUCGUUCAAGCAAUAUUUAUAAAUUUGUUUCAGUUUAUCGAAGUUAUCUAAGAAACUAAAUGUAAUGAUAUAUUAUCAAUUUUAGUGACAUACGGAGACCAUGUGAACUAAUUUAAUCGAAGGGUGAAUACAAGCAGAACAGAUUUUUUUCUAAAUUACAAAAUGAUAUCAGAAGAUGGUAACUAAUUAAAUCCACCAGGCAAGUAAGUAUCUGAGAAUGGUUUUUUUUUUCUAUAUCCUAGGUCUUGUUUGAAGCUAGCAACGAAAUUAAUAAUCAUUGAUCUUGUUUAGGACAAUGGGCAUAAUCACGAGCUUACGAUCUAAUCUCCCAGAUCAAUGAGUCAAAUAAAACCUAAUCAAGACCGGUUUAUUGUUUAUUUAGUGUGCGAAUUCUCACUUUCGAUUCCUUUCGUAACCUUUCCCUGAUUGUUCGCCGUUACGUGAACGGAAACAAUUGUGUUGCGAUAAACGCAUACUCUGUCUAGGAACCAUUUGCUUAAUUAACAAUUCUUAGGAGCUUUUCGGUAACGGCGGGCUCCAGUUACCGGAAAGUUGCCACUUCAUUGUUCUCCCAAAAAAUUUUUUUGGUCGCAGCAAAAUUACACAACAAUUGCAAAUUUACAUCUUUGUUAAGAAAUUCUAUGAAAAGAGAAAUAAUUAUAUACUUAGAAUCUAUGCUUCUUUGCUAUUAUGAUUUUCAGUAGUGUGUGAUUAAUAAUACAAAAUUAAUUAUGCACGAAAAUGGAAUAAACAAUUUGUAAUACUUUUUUAUUAAAUAAUACGUUAUUUAGAUUUUUUUUUUAUUUUCAGAAGUCUUCAGCUGUUGCAGUAGAAUUUGUACAUAAAUAAUAAGAAGAUGAAACAAUGGUAUCUUUCUACUUUCUCUAGAUGAUAAUCAAAAAGAAUCCUGAAAGCAAUCUUUCUCGAUUAUCUCUUUUUCUCUCUUAAGCGUGAUAGACAAGGUCAUUAUAUGUUCAAAGGAUCUAAACUCGUUUCAAUAUUAUGCAACACAUUCUUCUGCACAAUUUGACCGAUCUUUUCUUUCUCUUUCUUAUGUGACUAUAGCUCAUUGUGAAACAGCGUUAUGUGAAUAAUGAAUUAACUGGACUAAGAGAAGGUAUCAUCCCAGUGGGCGCCCAAACAAAAAUGUCCAUUAUUUCGUCAUACUUAGGGUUACAAUAUCUCUUCGAUUUGACAUCGAAAUCGAAAGUAAAUCAAGGAUACACGUUUAACAGCGUCCUCGUUAUCAUCAUCAUCUUCUUCUUCUUCUGUACUAUAUUCUAUUGGUGCUUGUUCUGGAUUCAAAUCGUUUGGUGAUCUUUUCAAGAUAGAUUUAGCUCCUGGAACAAAAUAUCACAAUUGUUGUUUUAUUAAAUUCUGGUUACUAACAGAUCAUCGCAUGUUGACCAUACUUUGUAUUCUUCUUUCACAAAGAGCUGUUGCACCUGAUGCACUAUACUUUGCAAAGUAUCCAUCACCCAGACACGCAAGUAUUUCAUUUGUAUGAAUUAGUUUGCCUUUCAUUAGUGCACGUUUCCCAAUUGGCACCAUACAAUUCACAUACAAAUCUUUUUGAAAAAUCUGUAGCGUCUCUGCAACUUUUUGAUGACCCUUUUUGUAAUCUGUCCAUAUUUUGCAUUGCUCCUCAUUUCGUUGGAUUCCCUUAAAAAGUAUCAAUACAUGAUUAUUUAAACUUUAUAAAAUUAUAAUGUUGAAACUUUCAUAAAUUUUAGACCUAAGAUUAGCAAAGCAAUCAUGUACGUAUGCUUAUAAUGCAAAUGUUUUACUUUUAAUGAAUUUUUUUAUUUUUAUUUCUAUUUUUUUUUAUUUUUAUUUAAUAGUCUACCUUCGUCAGAGCUUCGUCAAAAAGUACACGUUGAACUUUUUGCGUAUCGUCUUUCGAGUUCAUUGUCGAAAUAGAUAA